CAACGCGAUUGGUUCUUUCAUACGUCUAUCAUGAAAGACCGGAUGUGGGGCAUGUAGAACGUGGCUGUAUACGCGGAACAAGGCCGGGAAAGGACGGAAGUGGGGCAGCCCACAGUGCCAGCACGGCGUUUGACGGUAUUAUUGAGUUACAAAUAUGCAGUCUUGUUGAAUACCCUAUUAUUUGCAUUUCCUUCCAAGGAACAGUCAGAAAAAAAAAAAUGGGUAAAAAAGAUGCUUCCACCACCAGAACACCGGUAGACCAAUACCGCAAGCAAAUAGGAAGACAAGACUACAAGAAAAACAAGCCUGUAUUAAAAGCAACAAGAUUAAAAGCCGAAGCCAAGAAAGCAGCAAUAGGGAUAAAGGAAGUGAUCCUGGUCACCAUUGCGAUCUUGGUGUUGCUGUUUGCAUUCUAUGCCUUCUUCUUUCUUAACUUGACGAAGACGGACAUUUAUGAAGACUCAAAUAACUAGUAUCUUCAAAAUCAUUUCUCAGUGCAUUUUAUGCAACAGAAUCAGUGAAAAAUGAUAAAAUAAAUGUUAUUGCAGGUUUUAAAUAUGCAUUGUACUGUUCAGACAUUGUAUAUAUAUAUAAUCCUGACCAUAUUAAUGCUAUACAAGUAAUUAAGAAUUCAACUUUUGGGUGACUGAUAAUUCCAAUAUGCUGUAUCCUCAAGCCUCGAUGCAAAAACCACUCUACAUUCCAUUUUAAUUAGAAAUCCGGGAAUAUUUUUCAUAUUCUUAUUUUUACUUAGGCCUAUAAUUAUCAUUCUUAUAGUAAUUAUUGAUUUAUAGUAAUACAAUGAUGUCUUACAGAUCGAUUUUUUUAUCUCAUAUUUUCAAAAUAAUCGUAUGCAUUUUAUUAGCACCUUGUCAAGAAUACUGAAAUGAAUGCAUCAAUGCUGUACUGUAAAUUUUGCUUUAUUACAUAAUGAAAUUUAGUAUACUUGGAGCACACAAUUAUAAUAGGUCAAUUUUAUAAAUAAAUUAUACAUUCCUUAAAUAUA